UUAUUAUACACAUUGCAACCAUUUUUUCCACAAAAAAUAUCACUUUGCCACAAAAGUUUGAUUAACUUCUAUAUACUUUGACAGUGUAAAAGAAUUUUUUGAGAAAUUUCUCCAUACUACUAGAGAGAGACAAUUUACAGAGUGAUAAAAAUGGAGGGCAAUUUGGGUGGCGGAGUUAACAACCAAUUGGAAAUGGAAACUCCAAAUAAUAUCACAAUCAAAGGGAUUCUUGGAUUGUUAAUGGAAAAUACAGAGAUAAGAGAUAUGAAGAAAGUGAUAUCAUUGGGAAUGGGUGAUCCAACAGUAUAUUCUUGUUUUCAUUCACCUGAUGUUGCACAUGAUGCUGUUCUUGAAACACUUGCUUCUCACAAAUUCAAUGGUUAUUCACCAACUGUUGGACUACCUCAAACAAGAAAGGCGAUUGCAGAUUAUUUGUCGCGUGAUCUUCCGGACAAGUUAUGUGCAGAUGAUGUUUAUGUCACAGCUGGUUGCACCCAAGCCAUUGAAAUAGCAUUGUCGAUUCUAGCUCGACCUGGUGCUAACAUAUUGCUACCGAGGCCUGGUUUCCCAAUUUAUGCACUUUGUGCUGCAUUUAGACACAUCGAAGUUCGAUACUUUGAUCUCGUUCCAGACAAGGGUUGGGAGGUUGAUCUCAAUGCUGUUGAAGCUCUAGCAGAUCGUAACACAAUUGCAAUAGUUGUUAUAAAUCCUGGAAAUCCUUGUGGAAGUGUUUAUAGUUACCAGCAUCUUCAAGAGAUUGCGGAAACUGCUAAGAAGCUUAGGACCAUAGUGAUCGCAGAUGAAGUAUAUGGUCAUCUUGCUUUUGGGGCUAAACCCUUUGUACCAAUGGGAGUUUUCGGAGACAUUGCUCCUGUGCUUACUCUUGGUUCUUUGUCUAAGCGAUGGUUAGUCCCUGGCUGGCGCCUCGGUUGGCUUGUCACGAAUGAUCCUAAUGGCACCUUCAAAACCCCAAAGUUUGUUGAGCGUAUUAAGAAGUAUUGUGACAUUUGCGGAGGUCCAGCUACCUUUAUACAGGCGGCUGUUCCUCGCAUUAUUCAGCAAACUGAAGAUGUUUUCUUCAGGAAGACCGUUAACUUGUUGAAGUGGACUGCAGAUAUUUGUUGCGAAAAGAUAAAGGAUAUUCCUUGUAUUAGCUGCCCGUAUAAACCAGAAGGCUCAAUGGCUGUAAUGGUGAAGUUGAAUCUAUCACUUCUGAGAGACAUUAGCGAUGAUAUUGACUUCUGUUUCAAACUGUCGAAAGAGGAAUCUGUUAUACUCCUUCCAGGACUUGCUGUGGGUCUCAAAAACUGGAUUAGAAUAACCUUUGCUGCAGAUCCGUCUUCUCUUGAAGAAGCAUUAGGAAGGCUCAAGUCUUUCUGUCAAAGGCAUUCAUAUCAAAAAUAUGGUCAUUGUUGAUUCUAGUUCGUAAGCAAUCCUUGUAAUAGAUUUUCUUCUCCACUUAACGCUUACAGAUACUGUUGUAUCACUACGUCACAGAAUAAAUUGUGUAAUCAUAGUUACAGAAAUUUAUUGAUUUAUGAACUUGGAAUGAGUAAUAAAAUUUUACAGGCUGGUCAGAUGGCAAGAUUCAAACACAUUGAACUGCCAAUAUUGUUCUGUUGUACCUACUAAUUUGUGUAAGAGAGACCUUGAAUUACAAUGUAAUAAAAAGAAAUAUGUGAUUACUGUCGA